GGCGGAGCACGCAUUGAUAUGGAGAUGCGGGACUAUAAAUAGGAGACGUGAAGCCAGGAGAGAUCACAUCGGGCACAGCCAUGGCACCUACAAUCUCUCUGCAAAACUCUCAGCUGACGCUUACUCAUAAGAUCCGAAAACCUCUGGUGGAGAAGCUCCGUCGCGAGCGAAUCAACAGCUGCAUCGAGCAGCUGAAGUCUCUCCUGGCUCCAGAGUUCCUCCAGCAACAGCCAGACUCCAAGAUGGAGAAGGCCGAGGUCCUGGAGAUGACCGUUUGCGUCCUCAAGAGACUCCGGGCUAGCUCUGGAGCAGGGAUGCACUUUGGAGCUUCCUGUGAGGAGAAGAUCAUUCCUCUCAGUAGCGUCAGCAAGAUGGAGAGCCCAGUAAAGAGCGCACCCUGGAGGCCAUGGUAGACACAGUGACUCUAUCAUGGAACAAAAUCAACUCUAAGCGGAUUUGUCAUGCGUGAUGCAUGAAUCACAUCUCAUUGCAUUUGCAAUGGCCCAAAAUGAUGACAAAUUAUAUUAAUUUGUCAUGUUAUUGAUCAUAUUGGUCACGUUUUUGCUGGUUGAGUUCUUCUGGAAACAACAGCAAUAUUUUGUCGUUCUUGUUCGAAAGCAGUCUGAUUGCUUUGGCAAUCGUCGCUAAUAUUUUUUGGAAAGCUUUUUCAUAUGUUUUUAUAUGGUAUGUUCAUUUUUGGUGUUAUUGAUCAUAUUGAUCUUUUUUUGCUGGAUGACUUCCUAUGGAAACAGCAGCAAUAUUAUUAUGUCAUACAUGUAACAAAAGACUGAUUGCAUUAGUAAUCAUCAGUAUUGUUAUGUUGUGAAGAUUUUUCAUGUAUUUUUAUGUGAUAACGUUACUUCCUGGAUCACAUUGAUCCAAAUAUUCUUCAAAUGUUAUGAAUCUUCGUGGUUUUUUGAUGGCAGAUUUUCGCAAGAAAAUGUCAUAUUUCCUCAUAUUAUAUAUAUAUAUUAUAUAGUUUUUGUCAUCUUGUUUAAGAUCAUUUUGAUGAUUCCAAGUUGUAAGUCCUUUUUGGAUGUUUUUUGCUAAUGUAAACAAAGUGAAAUGAUUGCAAUAUUUUUUAAAUUCUGAUGUAUAAUGAAAUGUUCAUUUUGUGGACGCUCGAUAAGGAAAAAUGCUGUUUGUAGAUCAGUUUGCUUUUCUUUGUCACUAUGUGAUGAUGUCAAUGUUAUGAACAAGUUGAUCUGUUGUCAGAUCCGUUGUUUUUCUGCAUUUUUUAUUUGCAGCAAUCUCAUCUAAAAACAUGUAUGUGUUGCUAUAUACAUGUUUGUUUGUAAAGUUACCCUCCACUCUCUGUGAGUGCCACGUGUCUUGUAGACGUCUACAAGUUGUUGUUGUGAUGCAUCAUCACGUCUUGUUUCUCGUGUCAAUAAACACAAGACGUCACUCUCUAACUUUGUGUCAUCUGGUCUCUUCAAACCAACAGUCGACCACCCAAAAUGUUCUUUAAGUUUUAUCAAUUAUAGUCAUGAUUUUUGAUGACACAUGUAUUUUUUUCGCAAGAAAAUAACCGUCACGUAAUCUUUUAUAUUACGGUUUAGUGUCAUGCAUGUUGCAUGAAUUCCAUUGUUUGUUUUUGUUUUUCAUCGGUUAGGAAGAAGUUUGAUGUUUUUAAAUACAAUUUGAUGACAUUUGUCUUGUUUGAAGAUCAUUUUAAUGAUUCAAAAGUCAAAAAGUACUUUCUGGAAAUGUUUGCAAAUGUACAUGAAGGCACUCAGAUCUGUUUGAAGAUCUAUUAUGUUGAUGACUUGCAUUAUGAUCAAGUUUUAUUGUGAAAAAAAAUCCACUUAGAUGUUCAAUUUGUGGACUGUUGAUAACGAAAAAUGCUGUUUGUAGAUGAAUUUGCUUUUCUUCAUGACUAUAUGAUGAUU